UUCCGGUUUCUGUCAGGCACAGAAAUAGCAACGUUACAUUUCUCGGGCGGAAUCUUACAGUUUUAAGUUAGCCUUCCUAAGACAAGAAUUUUCACAGAUUGACUGUGAAGAUGGUACGGAGUCUGAAAGAGUCAUGUCUGAGCUGUCUGGCCUGCAACCUACACUCCAUCAACAGGGUGGGGCAUUACCUAGCUACUAGACACAAGGAACUUCUCCUAGAAUGGCUGGUGUAUCAUGACAGACUGACACCUGAAUACCUGCCACACAUCACCUAUCACCUGUUCUCCUCUGGGCUCAGGACAGUCAACUUCUACAAGUGUCAGCAGGUAACUGAUGCAGUACUAACACAGUUAGGUGACUGUGGCUGUAAACUAAGGUCUAUCACCAUACAUGGGUGCUCAGACAUUACAGAUGCAGGAAUGGUGGCCUUGUUGCAGCACCAGGAUGAGUUGGAGGUCCUGGAGCUGAGGAAACUGCCUCACCUGGUCACAGACUGGGCGCAGGCCGUCAUGUCACCUGUGUUAGAACACCUGGAUCUCAAUAGCUGUACUAGUGUAGAGGCACCUGCUGUGUGCAGAGUGGUGUCCUCCAACCCCACCAUGAGGACCGUGAUCCUGGCCCACUGUCAUCGGCUGGGGGAGAACAUCAACACCCUGGUGCAGCGGGUAGCACAGGCUCUCAAUAACAACAUGCUGCUGGUGUCCUGUCUGCAGCUGCAGAAACUGGACCUGUCCUACUGCUACAAGGUGACCAGUCAGACGGCUCCACACAUCCUGUUCCACCUGCCUGAGAGACUACAAUUCCUGUCCCUGUGUGGUGUACAGCUGCCCUACCCACAGACCCUGGAAGGACUGACCAAGCUGAGGAGACUGGAGGAGCUGGUGUUGUGUGGGAUCACUACCCUCACAGUGGAGGUCAUGGAUAUGCUCCUGCCCAAGUUAGGAGGUAGCCUGGUGCACCUGGACCUGAGCGGGUGUACGGCAGUGGACGAUGUUCUCCUGAGAUCUGUGUCUGCUCACUGUGUCAGCCUGCAGAGACUGGUGCUCUCUUUCUGUACACAGGUCACAGGUGUCACCCUGCUGCCCAUAUUUGAAGACCCAGAGAGAGCACAGAACAUCACAUGUCUCAUCUUCACUGCUUGUGUAGCUAUGUCUAUGGAGGUACUACAGGUGAUAGCAUCCAAAUGUGUCAACCUUGAGAGAUUCCAUGUUGCUGGGCUGGCUGACGUCAGGGACGACCUUCUCCUGACCUUGGCCAGUAACUGCCCCAAGCUCUCCAACGUGACUUUUAAAAGCUGUAAUCAGCUGACGGACGCGUCGGUGUGCGAGCUGUCCCGUUGCUGUCCGCUGAGGGAGGUUGUGCUGUCCGGGGUGCGCAGCCUGACUGACAGGAGCAUCCUGAGCCUGGCCAACAGCUGUCAGCACCUGGACUGUGUGUACGUGUCCGGCUGUACCCAGGUGACCACUGCAGCUCUCAGGUACCUCCAGGACUGUUGCGUGAAGAGAGUCCACAUAGAACACAAGACCCCCAACAUGGACCCCAACCAGCUCAUGGCAAAGAACCUGGACACUGGGGAGUACCUCCGGGUGGACCAGAUGGCUGUCAGCUGAAGUGGACAGAAGAUGACCACUAUGUCACUGGAUUUUGACUAUUCUCCACCAGACUCUAUUUGCUGGCUCAGAAAAUAGUAGAAAUCAGCCUAAAAAGAAUGUAGCUGGCCAGGGG